AUGGCAUCUUCAAGAGUGGCUGGCUUCGGGUCGGCUAUUGGGGAUGGCAUUGAAGACGGUGAUGAAGCUGCCGAUGAAGAGGAUGGGUCGCUUCCUAAUCAAAAGUGUAGUGGAGUUUCUAGGGUUUGUGUGUCCCUGUUUGUGGACGGAAUUGCCGAGUCGGUGAGCUAUCAUCAAAUAAGAGGGCUUUUCGCUCAAUUUGGGAGGUUGGUGAACGUCUUUGUGCAACGUAAGAAAAAGCUUGGCCGACGUUUUCGAUUCGGUUUUGUGCGCUUCACUUCAUGGAAGGUUGUUGCCGUGGCAAUCAAGUCUUUGGAUGGUGUUAGGUUGGGUGGUGCGUCGCUCUCUGUGGGGUUGUUUUGA